GACAGUUUUUAUCCCCUGUGGUGAGUUUAUUUCUUCUUUGGAGUGGAAGGCAACCCCCUGAACAGGGAUUGUAUAGGAGCCACUCGAAAUAUUUUCACAAACAAUUCAGGAGCAACUAGCCGACCCUGCACAGAGCAUCUGUGCGCUCUUUGGGGCCGGCGGUUACAUCUCCCCCCCCCCGUUCUGCCCCAGUCUCCACUUCUUGACCAUGGCUGGCCCGUGCCAGGCCCAGCCGCCUCUCCUCCCCACCGCCACCUCUGCCUCCCCGCACUUUCUUUCCCCCCUCCUGGGUCUUGCCUCCACGGCCGGGCUGGGCCCGCCACCACCUUUGGCUCCGCAGCCGGGCCUGCCACCACCGCAGCGACCAAUCCUCCUGGGUGUACCUCAGCCAAUCAGCUGCCGCCGCCCAGCCAAUCAGCUGGGCACCAGUACGCAAAUUCUAAGGCGCACCCAGGAGAAUUAAAUAUACAGAUUUUAUGGAUCCUCAGGCAAGAGAAGUACAGGAGGCCACAGGGGUUCCAUUCUUGCCUAUAGGCGUGAAUACAGAAACUGAAUAAUGGAACAUUGAAUCAAUGGGAGGGGGUGGAGUUUAGGGUCCUAACCAAAAUAACAAGGACCCAAAAAAAAAGAAAAAAGCAAGGGAUGGGAAGAGAAAUAAGAGAAGAAAGGAUAGUACCUUAUUCUCCAGCAAUGCUCCCCCAAACCCCCUAAACAGUUGGAUAUUUGCCUUUAAGAGAGAGAGAGAGAUACAAAAUGGCUCUCUGCUGGAAAAUGGCAGCCGUAAAUGACAUCGGAAUUCAUUUCCUGUCACUCAAAACUGUGGAUAGGAGAAUUUCACCUAUUUUUCUACCUGCAGAUAAUGAAACUGGGUGUCUAAGACCCAAUCGCAGAAACGCGAAAUCGCGGAUAUGGAGUCCGUGGAUAAUGGGGACCACCUGUACUUAUGCUCAGGUUCAAGCAGAGAGGCCUAUGUCUGGUUGCGUACCAUGGCAACAAUAACACUCAGUUUAUGAGCGGGGUUUCAGUAAUGUUUUUUUGCAGAGCUGUUACAUAAUCAGAGGCACUUCUCUAUAUGUGACGACGGCAGAGACCGCCCUCAUAUGCACAGAGGAAACCACAUCUGUAGGCCACGACCCAAUCUGCCCUUGAUGAGAACAGGAGUUAAAGGAGGCUUGCACGUUGCCAUUUUCCUGUGGAAAGAACCAACUCUAGGUGACCGGGCAGGGAUGUGUUGCAAAACUAGAUCCAGUGUGGUUUUAGGCAGUAAAUGACUAAUACAGGAAUGUUUGGCAGGAAGGCAAAUAGCUUCUGGGGUUUUUGCUAGGCCAAGCUAAAGCAAGUUAAGGGUUUGUUAAAGUGAACCAAACUGUUCAAGUGAAGGUGCUGACGAUGGCAUCCAAAUGCAUUGGCUUAGUAUGUCUUAGAGCCCAGAUGCCCCCGUCUUUUAUCAUUUCACCACCAUUGGAUACCACCAGGGUAGACCUUCCAUGAGGCAAGGUGAGGCAGUGGCCUCAGGUGGCAGAUUUUUGGGGCACCAGCUGGGCAGCUAGAUGCCCCCUGCCACCAUUGGAGCAGCUCUUCAGGACUGAUUGGAAAGUGUGCAAGAAGCAUGAGGAGAGGAGGCUGCUGGCAACCUGUUGUCCUCCUCCGUGUCUCCUUACCACUUUCAGAGCUUGCCCAAGUUUGUUUUGAAAAGGGGUUGGUUCCCACCAGAGGCAGAGGGUAAGACAGCAUUUUGGUGCCUGCCCUCCAUCAUGGUAGUGCUUUGGACCACCCCAGGUACCACGGAUUUCUUCAGAAAAAAACAUUAGCAGAGCUCUUCUGGAUCUGACAACAUAUCCAUUUAGUCUCCCAUCCUAUUCUGAACAUCACUCAAAGGUUUAUGGGAAACCCACAAACAGGACAUUCCCCUGCUGCUCUCCCCACCAUCCCUUAACCAAUAGUCUUCAGAGGAAUCCCACCUCUGAGCCUGACGGUUCCAUUUAGCUGUCAUGACAAACAGCCAUGGACAGACCUCUCCUCCAUUCAUUAGUCUCAUACCAUGUUAAAGCCAUCUAAGCCAGUGCCCAUCACCACAUCUUGUGGCAGUGAAUUCCAUAGCUCAGUUGUGUGAAGACAUACCUCCUUUGCCUUUUAUCACCUUUGGACCAGGCAGGCACUGAAAGACAUCUGUGAAAUCUGCACCCCCUCCCCCCCUAUCUGUGUUUAGGGAGGAGGAAUUCUCCAGAUAACUUUCCACCCUCUCACCCUUGAACUAUAGGCACGGGCAUUUGCCUCAGAGUUGAGGGAGGAGGAACAUAUUUUUAGUCCAUUCCUUUAUCAGCGGGAGCCAAAAGCCUGAGCUCCUCUCCAGAAGUCCAUCAGACCAAUAAACCUCAUCCCUGCUGAUCCUCUCAUCUUCGGCAGCCCCUGCCUUAAAUAAAGCCCUACAUUUAGGACACCCCUCCCCGCUUGCUCCUUCUUCCCUGGCCAGGCAAGUGGAUUGGUCACCCAGUCCCUGGUUUCCAAAGGGGAGUUGUUCUCCAACUCCACCCCCUUCAUGAGCCUUUCUGCAGCCGUUUGCAGCUGUGGAGCUGAAAUCAUUACUAUUCCCUCUCCACCAUUCUGAUGCCUCUUGGGCUGCCCCCUGCCCAUCCCCCAGCAGCUGUUGCACGUCCCUCCGAGCCCUUCCCGACUCCUGAAACGUAAUUACUGGGGUUAUCCUGACGUCUGGAACCCCCUGUUUCUCCUAGCAUCCUGCCAUUUGACUGGGUAAACAGCCCUGUACUGGAGGGUAGGAAAUCCCGACACCCCCUUUGCAGCAUUGAAUGUGGUGCAGGCUGCCUGUCGGCUUCUACCCAAGCAAUUCCUCUCCUCCAGCUGCAGAGCUGUAACAUAGUGGAGAGACCUGGAUUCCACUUUCCCCUGCUAACCAUGUGUCCUUCUCUCUUGUUGUUACAGGAAUGCAAAACCUAUGUGGACAGCACUCUGUCCAAACCCCGAUGCCAGUGGAAGCCGCAGGAGGAACCAGCUCUGCCUGUGCCCACCCUUGCUUUAAGCACAGUUCAGCUCUGCCAACAUGAAUGCCAGACGUGUGUGCGUGUUUGCGUGGCUCUGAAUGCUGCAGGGAUUAAAGGGCUGGAGCUAGAUUUCCUGGUACUACGUUCUAACCGCUCUGGCUGGCUUCAGGUCUUGAGGCGAAAAAAGCACCAGAUGGCUAUGGGAACCCUGUGGCAAUUGCAGUUUGACUGUUUUCCAGCAGAGGCGGGCCAACGGGUGCUUGUCUCACUGAAAACCAUUCCUGAUGGGGUUCUGAGCCUCAACCAAAGCCUUGUGGUCUCCAACAAGCAGUCAGCACCCGAGUUCCAGUACACAUGGAAGCCAGCGGAACGGGCAAUUGAGGUCUCUGUUCUUGACAGCCCCAACAUCACUGUGCGCCUCUGCCACCAGCUGGCCUUGGAGUGUGAGGAACUGCGCCAGCCCUUCCACCAGCAGGCAGAGGUUUCCAUUCAUCAGCCUGCUCAGCUGCCAUAUGAGCUCCUGCUUCCUUGCUUAUGUAUUGAGGCAUCAUAUAACCACCAAGAUGGCCUGCGCAAUAAGGUGUGCCCCUUCAAGGAUCAGCAAGAGGCCUAUGGUCCAGAUCUGUGGUCCUCAACGUGGUUCCAGGAUUACAGCUCCAUUGACAAGGCUGAAAUGGUGAUGUCUCUAAAUGGUCGCUGCCCACUUCAUCCCAAUGUUUCCCUCUGCUGGAAGGAAAGUGCCGCUCCAGAAGCAACCUGUCAAGACAUCCCAAACUCCACAGUCUCCGGAUCAAACCAGGAGUACAUCUUUGAGGAGGUGGAUGUGCAUCCCCAGCUCUGCUUCAAGUUUUCCUUCACUAAGGGCAGCCACAUUGAGUGCCCACACCGUAUAGACCCUGCUUGGAAUGUGUCCUUAAGUGUCAAGUUUCUGCAGCUACACUUACAUUUCCACUCUCGCAUACCAGGAGCAUCCUUCAGUUCAGCUGUGUGCCAAUGGCUGUCUCCGAGCCAGUGUGAGCUAGAACCACCUGUCUAUACUGUCGCCCAUCCGGAGGGAUUGGGCCCGGGAGAUCUGGACCUCAUCCUCCCUCAGCGAGUCUUGAGGAGCUGUGUAUUGGUUUGGCGCUCCGAUGUACACUUUGCUGGCAAACAGCUUCUGUGCCUAGAUGUUUCUCACAAGCGCUGGGGUCUGCUAGCCCUGGGGCUGGUCCUGGGAUUGCUGGUGGUAGCCAUCCUACUGGUUCGCUGGGGCCUGUGCAGACUUCAAAGAGAUACACCUAGCAAGCACCAUUCCCGUCCCAUCCUGCUGAUCUAUUCUUCGGAUUCGGAGGAGCACAAGCAGUUGGUGUGUGCUUUUGCUGCGCUGCUACGCUCAGCCUUGGGCUGCCCUGUGCUUCUGGACCUCUGGGAACUGAACCUCGUGGGGCGCCUGGGCAUCUUGCCCUGGAUGUACGCACAGCGAGAACAUGUCGGCCGGGAGCAGGGCCAGGUGCUGCUACUGUGGAGUGCGGGCAGCACUCGGGCCUAUGGACUGUGGCAAGGAAAAGCAAAGGCAGGCAGUGGGCCGGUGCCAGAGCCCCAUGACUUGUUCGGGGCAGCUAUGGCCUGCUUACAAGGUGAACUGUGGGACACGCCAGGGACUGUGCGGCAGAGCGACUGGGUCAUAGCCUACUUCAGUAAACGGUGUGGCCAACGGGACAUUCCUCGUGCCCUGAGGUUUCUUCCCCGCUACCGCCUGCCUCAGCAGCUGCCUGGGCUGGUAAGGGUACUACAGGGCCCUUCCAGUUCAACUCCUAGCUGGCUCCGCGCCAGUUCCAAGGCCCUGGUAUGCCGCCUGCUCAAGGCUGAGAGGAAGGGAGGUCUGCAGAGCCAUCCGUACCAGCCAUGGAGGACAACCACAGGUCGGCCUUGCUCCACUUGCUCAUCCCAAACCGCACAGGCCAAGCUGCACUUGAGCAGUUCUUGCUAAGAGACACAUACCUGUGGAAGUAGCAUGGGUAGUUAAGAGAAGCUAGCCCAGAGGUUGCCUGUGGGUAGCGGUAUAGAGGUACAAAGCAGGCCUCAGAAAUGCCCAUUUCAUCCUGGAACUCAGAAGCCAGGCAUUUGUGGUCUGUUGGGCCUGCGAGUCUGUAAAGUGGAACGGUCAAACCCAGCCAAGUACCCAGAGGUAAGGAGAGACUGCUCCGCUUACCAGCUGGGCCUGCCUUUACAUGGAGGCCAAGGCAACUGUUGCCAUGGAGAUUAGUGGUCGUGUAAACUAAUGUAAAAAGCACAGGAAAGGUUAGAAGGCCAACUCCUGUCCUUAAUGCUGAAAGAGGGCCUGUGCAAUAUGUGUUGUGUGUAAAGUGUGCUGUUGAGUUGGUUUCGACUCCUGGCGCCCACAGAGCUCUGUGGUUGGCUUUGGUAGAAUACAGGAGGGGGUUGCGAUUGCCACCUCCCAUGCAGUGUGAGAUGAUGCCUUUCAGCAUCUUCCUAUAUUGCUGCUGCCCGAUAUAGGUGUUUCCCAUAGUCUGGGAAACACCAGCGGGGAUUCGAACCGGCAUGAAUGUAGUCCUGUGUAAUUCAUAUAACAUUCCCUAAUGAUGCAGUCUCCAAGGGUCUGUUGGUAGGGGUGAGAGAGAGCUGCCCCGGAGGAAGGUGACAGUGAACCCACUGACCAAGAAUCACAACCUAAUCGGGUAAAAUAGGACAGAGACAGACCCCUUAUAAGGAGAUUCAGACAUAACUUCAUUGUGAUGUCUAGCCACAAUGGGUCCUUAGGGGGCCUCUCUGAAUUUCUGGUUUUUAUUUAUUUUUUAUUUUUUAAAACCUACCCUCAAGCCCUUUUACUUUUGGAGAUGUAAAAGACACUUGCAGGCAAUAUUUUACCUAAUUGCUCACUAACAGGUAGUGCAAUUAAACAGUUUUAAGUAUAUAAGUUGCCUGUAUGUAUGUCCUGUGUAUUCUGCAGGGACUACCCACCUCCUCACCACAACAUUUCUGCCUAUAAUCUUGCCUUACUUUGAACUCUCCUGUCCAAACAGGAACAAAGCUAGUGUGUCACCAGGGGAGGUGACAAGGGGAUUCUUAUUUUGCUAUGUGUAUGGAGUAUGUUGGGGCUUUAUCUCAUGCAACUCCUACAUCUGUUCUUGUUUUUCUGUAUUGUUUGGAAUAGGAUAAUAAAAUGACUCUUUAUUUUUUAAAAAAACAA